GCCGGUUUGGCAUAGUAGCUUCGAAACACUGCAGAAGUACACAUCAAGAAGAAACGGAAAAGAAACUAAAGAGCUCCGAGUAGAAGAUAUAGAAGCGAGUCAAAUACUUACUUAUUUUAUAUAUAUUUGUAUAUGUAAUAUAGAAAGUGUGUAGAACGCGAGUUUCAUAUAAAGUAAAAGAUACAAAAAUACAUAAAUACAUACAUACAUACAUAUAUGCCCAUCUAAAGUAUAUAUGUAUAUGCAAUAGCAGCAACAACAACAACUAAAUUGUUUCGAGAAGAAUUCUAUCUAUGCAAAUAAGUUACGUUCUAGUACUUAUUUUUUAUUAAACAAACAAAAGAAGAAAUUUGAAAAAAUUGCCAUCAGAAAUAAAAAUUUGCUUCGAAAAGCUGAAUACGGACCAACGCCAUUUAAGUGAUAAUUUAACUAAAAAGUAAAGAGUAAAAUAUAAAUAGUUAAAAAUAAGCAAGCAGAAUCAAGUGCUGUGAUUUCAAAACUACAAAAAGCUAAUUUAACAAAUUUGAAAGUAUCCGCAUUGGAAAGCCAAACAACAACAAAUCGUUUUCCAAUGCAGCAUCAAGCAAUUCAACAACUUAAUACAAAACGGAAAUACAGCAAAUUGUGAUAAUAACUUAGCAGGCGCAUAAGCAGAAGAAAUAGGAAGUUAAAGCUUAAAGAAAAAACUUUUAAAAUUAAAAAAAUAAAAAGAUUUUUGACUUACAAAAAUCAAAGAACUGAACUGCAAACGUUCAACAGAAGUGAUAAAUUAAUGUGAUUUCAACUGAGAUUUUCGCCAAUUUCUACGAAAAACAGUCGCCAGUCGAAAUAUCUAUCAAUUAAUUAGUUAGAAAGCAGAAGCAGAAGCAGAGGCCACCACCACCGAAAAAGCAAUUUUGUUUUUAUAAUCAAUUAUUUUUUUUUUGAAAUCUGCAAACAAGUUAAUAACAAAUUUUAAAUGAAAAUGGAAGUACUUGCGGUGCAACAACAAUAUCAGUCGCAAUACAACAUAUACGGGUCCAGUAAAGUUAGAGAUUGGACCAGUACUUUGUCGCCCCUCUUGCCGCUCACACCCAGCGGUUGGAUCGAUGCCGAACCAGAGGUGGCUGCCACUCCGCAGCCAACCGCCAGCAUACCCAUACCAUAUCUGCAGAGUCAACAGAAUUAUCAUAUUAGCAACAACCACAACAAUAAUCAGAAAAACAAUAAUAACAACAGAGUUAACAAUAAAAAUGUGAAAAACAGUAUUAUGCAUAAUAAUAACAGUAAUAAUAACAAUAAGAAAACCAAACGCACAGCGAGCACCGAGGAAUUGCUGGCGGUGCCUGAGAUGAUGAUUGCCCCACCGUCGUCAUCAUCAUCAUCAUCGUCGUCGUCGUCGUUAAAGAAGGAGUCGAAAAAAUUGCCAGCAAGCCGUGCCGCAUCAGCCCCAUACACCACUACCCCAAAUACACACACAAAUAACACCACCACCACCAGCACUGCAACACCCACAGUUGGCGGCAGCUACCUCACCACCCAACACACACCCUCGCAAAAUUCCACCACAAAUCUCUUCAACUGUGAUGAUAUCGAUGCAGCAGCCGUGGAAGAUCUCUCCCUCCGUCUGUUGGAUGAGUUGCGCGCCGCUAAGCAGCGCCAUCUCACCUGCACCGAAGUCUCCUUACCCUGUGAUCUCACAUUGCGCAUUGCCGCCGAAAUUAUACGCGUCUCGGAGAAGGAGCCGUGUGGUCUGCGCGGCUGCACCAUUUACAUCGAAUUCGAAGAUGAGCCGAAUAAUUCACGCCGCAUUGCCGAACUCAACUUGGAUCCCGAAAUGGUUUCGACUUUUGAGAUCUACUUGAAGCUUCGCCAAGAUCAUCGCGGCUGGACCUCACUGCUGCCACAAUUCAUGAAGAGUCUGGCACGCACAAUCACCAUCAGUCCAACAUUCACAAUAACCAAGCAUAAACUUUACUCAUCGGAUCGCACCAGCUACAGUUACGGUGCGUCUGCAGCGAUCUCAACAACAACAACACAAACGCAAUCGUCGUGAAUUGAAAUAGUAGAAGAAGAAGAAGCAGCAGCGGCAGCAAGCGUGCAUUGGCAAAGCUCAGUUCCAUGAGUUGGAUGCACGUACGACGAAGGAGGCUGCGAAGGGGGCGGUUGUGAUGGGUGUGCGUAAACGUAGAGUUUUGUGGCCGUGUGUCGCGAAUGUGCAGGCUGAGGGCUGACGGCUGAGCGAUGAUGGUGGUAAGACAGUUUACAUCAGUUGCUGUGCGUAUGUACGUAAGAGACGACGUUGCAGUUAACGGCGUGGUCAACAUUCGAGCACAUCGUGUAGAGGGAGAAAGAAACGUGAGUGGGAGUUUACGAGCCGAGCCGAUUUAACGAACGACUAAAUGCUUUAAGGAAGAUGACUGCUGCUCGACGACCUCGAACGAUGUUGAAGAUAACGAAAACCUGUAAGAAAGAAGUGUUAUUAAGUUAAGGAUUUUUUAUUAUUGCAUAAUGCAAAUACGAAGCGUAGGAAGAGGAGAGGGCUAGAGAGUGAGAGAGCGAGCAUAGAGGCGUGUUAUGCGAAGCAACCCCACCUACACUCAGACACACAUACACACACACGCACGCACAGACACAUACUGACAAAUAGCAAUAUAGUUGAAAAACUAAAUACAUCUACACACACACUCACACAACCACAUAGGAUUUUUAAGCAAUUUACUUACAGUAUCUAAGGGAGCGCCUCACAAAAUUGGGCCUCUCGACUUUCCACGACAUUUUUCUUCUUACCCACUUUCACAUUUCUUACAACACAUUUCAUCAGUCAAGCACACCCACACACAUAUAAACAUACAUACAUAUACAUAUAGAAAUAUAUUAUAUAUUCACAAACUUACAUACUUACAUACAUACAUACAUUUGUAUGUCUAUCUCAUGUAAUGACGUAUGAAAACGUGGAGAAAAGUAUCUUUCAAUUGAAACAAAAAUGAACUCGUUAGUUUUUAGUACCGCGAUUAAACGCAACCACGAAUGAUCUGCAUAUUUAAAACAAAAAUUUUUAAUUAUAAACUAUUAUUAAAGAUAAGAGAUACUAAAAUUAAAAGAGAAAAGUUUUUAAAAGUAUAUUUUUAUGUUUUUUUUUUAAAUCCUUAAUUUUUAAUAAAUUUUUCUGUGAAUGCAGUAAACGUUUCGUAGCGUUUAAGUCUUGAUUCGAAGAUUGUUUUUCGGUGAACGAUCGCAUGAUUAAUUGACUUUUUUGAAAUUCAAAAAAUUACAGUUAAUGCGUUAAGUACGUACUAUGUAGUAGUAGAGGUGAAGAAUGAAAAUAAUGCAUGAAAUUUUAAGAUUUCUCAGGCUGCAGUGGCCACGUGCCGGACACGCACGCAAGCACGAGGGUGAAAAAAUAUUUCGAAAAAUUCAAAAAGCAAUUUCCAUAUAUAAUUAGAAUUUAUUUACAUAUAUGAAACUUUUCAAAAUAUAUUUAAAUAUGUUGAAAAAUUAAAAUCAAUAUGUUUUCGAAAAAAAUUCAGUUAUUAAAAAAAAAAAAUAAAAAUAAAAAAAAUUACAAAAGUUUUCGAAAAAAUUUUUUAUUAAAUCUUUAAAAAAUAGUUUUCAGUUAAAAAAAUUAAUUACCGCACUUGCCACUAAAACCCACACACAUGUCUGCAUAUGCCAAGGCUCACUUCAGCGACGUAUAUGUGCGCAUGUGUGUUCGCAAGUGAGCGGAAUUUGCAUUUCUUGCCCAAGUGUGUGUGCGUGCGCCGUACAUGCCCGUACCCCCCACUUGCAGCCAAAAUCUCAAACUCAUGAAAAUGUGAUAACACUUUAAGAUGCUAAGAUUUUUUUAAUUAAGAUUACGAAAAAGUAUAAAAGAGAUGUUGAUAAAGAAGUAGAAGAUGAAGAAGAGAAGCAGCAGCAGCGUAGCAAUUAAAUAAGAAGCGAAUUGCAAUUGAGCAAGAAGACGAUACAAAUUUAAAUAUAUGUAUAAAACAAAAAAAAAAAUAAAAUAAAAAUAAAAAUAAAAAAACAAAAAGAAAAAAUUUUAAAUUUAAUACAAAAUAACAUGUGAAAAGUACUUUAACAAAUACAAUUGUGAGACAAAUUUUCCAAAAAAAUUCAUAAAACUGUAUAAAAAUGAGUAAUUGUGUGAAAAGCUAUAUAUGCGAUAUUAAUAAAAAUUCAAAAUUAUGAGGAAAACAAAAAUUGAAAAUGAUACUUUGAAACUUAAUUGUGACAUUUGCAACAAAAACUCUAGUAUUAACAAAUUCAAAGAAAAAAAUUUUAAAAUUAAAAAAUAUAAAUUUCCAAAAAUUUUUAAAUGUAAAAAAUACAAAAAAAAAAUUCAAAUACUUGCUAGAAAUUAUAUAAAAAAUUAAGGUUUUUUCAAUACAUAAAAGCGAAUAAUAAACUCCAAAAUAAACAAUAAAUUAGCAAUAAUUUCAAAUGCUCACACACCUACACAAGCAUACAUACCUAUGAAGUUAUAACCAUAAACAAAAACAAAAACAAAGAAAUACAAUAGACCUUUCAAAAUCCACUUCUGAGAAAAACAAACUUUGCAAUAGUUGAUGAAGAAAAAAAAAAAAAAAAAAUAUU